CUCGCCUUCUAAAACCACAUGCGUUAUCUGUCACGUGACCAGAUAAGCUUCCUCUUUAAGUUUGGCGUGGUCAGACAAAGAAGACACACAAAAUGCCUGGUUUUGGAGGUGGAUUUGGCGGUGGCAGAGGAGGUGGUGGUGGUCGCGGUGGUGGUAUGUCGGGCCGUGGUCGUAGAAAUCAGGGCGGGGACCCAGAAGAUCCUGAAGCAGAACAGUACAGAAAGUUGUUCAUUGGAGGACUCAGCUAUGAGACAAAUGAUACCACACUUAGAUCUUACUUUGAACAGUGGGGAACAAUCACAGAUUGUGUGGUCAUGACAGACCCUCAGACUAAAAGGUCAAGGGGGUUUGGCUUUAUCACAUAUGAAAAAGUAGCUAUGCUUGACGAGUGCCAAGCCAACAGACCACACAAAAUCGAUUCACGAGAGGUAGAAACUAAAAGAGCGAUGCCCAGAGAGGAAUCAGGACGUUCAGAAUCUCAGAAAUCCAAUGAGAAAAUGUUUGUCGGUGGACUCCGUGACACAACUACAGAAGAUGAUGUGAGGGCCGCAUUCCAGGAAUAUGGAAACAUUAAAUCUAUAGAACUCAUCAAGGACAAAGCCACCAACAAAACAAGAGGCUUCUGUUUCGUCACGUUCGACGACUACGAUCCAGUCGACAAAUGUGUCUUAAAGAAGAGAUUCAAAAUCUGUGAUAAGGAUGUAGAAGUAAAGAAAGCUGAGAACAAAAAUGAAGGAGGAGGCCGUGGUGGCGGCGGCGGUGGUCGUGGUGGCCGAGGCGGUGGACAUGGUGGUGGAUGGAAUCAAGGAGGAUUUAACCAAGGAUUUAAUCAAGGAGGUCCCUGGGGUCCCGGUGGAGGAAAUAUGGGUGGUGAUGGCGGCUAUCAGGGUGGUUAUGGUGGUGGUGCCGGUGGCUAUGGAGGCGGCUAUGGCAACAACCAGGGAGGUAACUGGGGUGGUAACCAGGGAGGAUACAAUGAGGGUUACAGUGGUGGAUACGGAGGUGGACAAGGUGGUGACUGGGGUGGCAACCAACAGUUUGGAACAGGCUAUCAGAACAACUUUGGAGGUGGUGUGAUGAAGGGAGGUGGUUACGGACAGAGAGGUCAGGGCCCGUAUGGAGGAGGUGGCGGCGGCGGCGGUGGUGGUGGUGGAUAUGGAGGUGGCGGUGGAUAUGGAGGUGGCGGAAAUUAUGGAGGAAACCGACGUUGAGCAUGUACAUCAUCAUCUUAUUGUGUAUCAUUGCAGGGUAUAAGUGCGAUAUGUCCAGAGGAAAAUAUUAGGAAGCAAGCAGGAAUAAAAUUGUAGCCAUCAGGAAUAUAUUCUGCCCUAGACCAGUGUUUCCAGCUAAUUUAGUGAUUUGAUAAACUUGGGAUUAAAGCAGCUUAGCUCAUGCAGGAUAUAAAUUCUCAACGCAAAUGGAAGAAAAACCCCAACCAUCAGACGAUUUUAUAUAGAUGUUAUAAAAGCUGCACACCCAUAGCUUAGCAUAGUGAAUAGUAUUCUCAACCAGGAUAUGAAAGGAAUACAUGUUAACAACCCUGCUCUUAAACAGUUCAUGAAGGAAUUUCUCGUCUAAGUAGUGGAAUCUGUUAAACAACCAAUCCACUUGUCAUUAAUUAGGCAGCACAUAAUAAAAAGUUUUACAUAGCUUAUUGACACAUUUCAUCAACAGAGCUCACAUGUUAGAGGGAAAUUUCUUUUGGGUGUACCCUCAGUGAUACACAUUUUAUGUAUUUUUUAAUCAUCUGUGAACCGCCAUUUCUUCAGAAGGACUGGUAUAUGUUGUCUUCAUUUUGUCAUUUUAUUGUCCUAUCAUGGAGUUGAUUUUGUGAGAGAUAAAAAAAUAAAUAAGAAAUUUUA